CUUCCAACCCAUAUCAUUCUUUUUAAAAAUAUUUUCAAAGAAAGUUGCAACAAUUCAAAAUGAAAUUCAUAAUCUCGAUUUGCUUUAUUUUAUCCGUCGUAGCAUUCGGCUCCUUGGAUGCUGUCAGAGUGUGUGUAAUUCGUGCCGCAAAUUGCAAUAGCAACGUCAACGCUUGUGGUCGUUAUGGUCGCUCUAAUUUAUGUCAACGUUUCCAAAAUAAUUGCUAUCUCGAAUCGGCUAAUUGUUCCGACAAUAUUGGUUAUACUGCCGUAAAUGCCUCUUUAUGCAACGGAAUUGCUUUGAAUCAGCGUAGAUUGUGUAACGGCUUGUCGAGUACCACAACAGGAACUGGUGGUUUGUGGUCCAAUUUAUUUGGUGGCAGCAAGUAUGGCUCCAAUGUGCAACCCAUUAUUAUCAAUACUGGUAAAUAAAGAGAAGAAGGCUAUCUAGCUGGUAUUUUAUUUACAAAUAUUCAAAAACUCCAGAAAUUUUUCUUGUAAAAAAAUAGCGACUUUUUAAUAAACCGUACGAAAAGUGACUAAUCUA